UACAAAAUAGACGCACCAUAUCCGGUCCGACUGUGAAAUCUGUCCGUCACCCAUGCAUCUCGUGUAGAUUUCUAUUUGAAUGUGGAGUGUUCGUGUUCGUGUUGUAGCACUCAGUCUAACAAAAAUCCCGUCUUUACUAAGUGUAAGCAAACCAGCAAACGUUUUACGACUGUUAAAGUCACAAGCUAACUGCGGUUUGCUCUGUGUAGAUGCUGUUUGCAUAGAGCCACGAUAUAUGUCAAGUCAUCCCAAGAAACUCUGCACAGAAAAUAUGACGGUUAAAAAGAUCGGAACUCAUAACGGCACCUUUCAUUGUGACGAGGUUCUGGCCUGUUUUCUCCUCCGUCAGUUGCCUGAGUACAAGGAUGCUGAAAUCAUUCGGACCAGGGACCAGGCCCAGUUGGAAGAGUGUGACAUUGUUGUAGAUGUGGGUGGAGAGUUUGACCCAAAGACCCACCGCUAUGACCAUCACCAGAGGACUUUUGCAGAGAGCUUCCACAGCUUGCGCCCAGAAAAACCGUGGGUGACUAAGCUCAGCUCCGCCGGCCUGGUCUACCUGUACUUCGGUCGUCGGUUGCUGUCCCAGCUGACGCAGCUGAAGGAGGACGACAUGCAGCUGGAGGUCCUCUAUGACAAGCUAUAUGAGAACUUUGUGGAGGAAGUGGAUGCUAUAGACAAUGGCAUUUCACAGUGUGAUGAGGAGCCCCGCUACGCCAUCACCAGCACGCUGAGUGCACGUGUUGGCCACCUGAACCCACGGUGGAACAGCAGGAGUCAAGACACUGAGGAGGGCUUCAGGAAGGCUAUGAAGAUGGUUGGGGAGGAGUUCCUGGACCGCCUGGAUUUUUAUCAGUCCUCCUGGUUGCCAGCUCGUGUGGUGGUGGAGAAAGCCAUUAAGGAGAGGUAUCAGGUGGAUCCCAGUGGGGAGAUAGUGUCGUUCUCCCAGGGUGGGUGUCCCUGGAAGGAGCAUCUGUUUGCCCUGGAGAAGGCGCUCCAGGUGGAGACAACCAUUAAAUUUGUUCUUUAUUCAGACCUCAACGGACAUUGGAGGGUCCAGUGUGUCCCCGCCGGGCUCCACACCUUCCAGAACAGGCUGCCCCUGCCAGAAGAGUGGCGUGGUGUUCGAGAUGAAGCACUGUCGGAGCUCAGCGGGAUUAAGGGUUGCAUCUUCGUCCAUGCUGGCGGGUUCCUUGGUGGGAACAAGACCCAGGAAGGAGCCCUGGAGAUGGCACGGAGGACCCUGCAGGCUGCCGUCCAGUCCCCUGCAAAUGGAAGCAGCUGAAUGAUCAGACAGGACUGGCAACAGCACAGUUUGUUCUCCAGGUCAGUCUUUAGAAGGAACAGCAGGGAUUAAAAUGUUAGUUUGCCAGCUUGCAGCUUGUACAUGCCAGUCAGGGUUAAUGUUGUUUUCUUCUACAUUGCCAGUACAGGGAUGUAUGGAAAUGCAGCCAAGUAACCUUGGACCAAUUUCCAAAAUGACUAUGUUCAGAAACAGUCGUGUUGACUCAAGUUAUUCUUUUCCUCCCUGGCUGUAUUUAUGUGUAUUUGUUGUCAUAUUCAUUUGCAAUAAAAGAUAUGUACUGGUC